AUGCCCAUGAUCCAGCACAACUGGAAACCACGUACCGGCAAUGGGUUACCGGAGUACAAGCUACUACCGAUGAAGCUCUUAAUGACUUAACGGUCCUGGAGCAGUUCUUACAGACCCGGAGCCCUAAUGUACGAGAGUUGAUUUUGGAAAGAAAGCCAAAAAACGCUAGGGAUGCCGCAGAACUUGCUGAUGAUUAUGCCGACAUCCAUGCAUUCACAUCCAGGCAUGGAAUUAUGUCAGCUGCUACUUCAACCUGGAGAAGGGCUACAGUUCAAGCAGCACCCACAAGAUCUGCAAUGAGAAGUUCACCACCGACUGCCAACUUAGCAGGGGAUAUGUCAAGUGAGUCACAUGCCCGGUGUGGUUAG